GUAAUCAAAUCCGACGUGCAGAGUUAGCAGACAAUAAUAAUGCUAUGGAAGGUACAUGGGAAUCAGAUUCUACUGCAUGUGGAGGAUCAUCAGAUUCCGAAAAGAUUCAAGGCCGCAUCGAUACAAUAAAAGAUCAAGCAAAGUAUCUUAAAAUUCAUGAUGCACGAAUUUUGAAAAGAAUAGAAGUAUUUUUCGUUAAACUUGGUAAAGGUGAUGAAAUUAAAUCGCUUAUAACAGAUUACUCAAAAUCCACGGUAGGUUUAGAUUGGAAUGAUCCUAUUCCUUUAGAUGAAAGGUAUCGCAAUGAUGAUCGAUACAGUGACAUUGUUGCGGCCUUUGAUGAUUUUAAAGAGAUAGCACAAUAUAUUGUUGAAGCUAUACAACUUGAAAAUUCAUGGAUGAGAAAGAUGUCGACUAGUGUAUUUAUAAUUAAUAUAGAAAAGUUACGACGAACCGAUAUUAUUAUCUUAUAUGUGAAAAUUUGUUUAAAG